AUCUAAAAUCUAAAUAAUAUUUGAAAAAUAUAUUUACUUUUUAGUAAACGUUUUUACUGUGAUAUUAUUUGAUCUCUUUGGUAUUUGAAUAUGGAAUUUUUGUCGCGUAAAGUCAGAUCGAACGGGCAGCUUGACACCCGUCAGGUGAAUGGCGCGGGCACUUUACAGAGUACACGGAGCGAGUGCGCCAUGGGUCCCCCCGCGGUGAGAGACAAAACCGGCGCGUUCGGCGGCGAACGGCAGUCGCUGGCCGACGCCAGAGCCAAGUGCACGUUCGACGCUAUGGACCGCGACAGACUCGGGUUGUGGGGCUGCGGGGACGGACAGUCUUCCAGCCGACUGUCGGGACUCGACCGGCUCAAACACCCCGGCCUGAACAAGGGCUUGGCGUUCUCGAUCGAGGAGCGCCAGAUGCUGGGCAUCCACGGGCUGUUGCCAGCACGUGUAAAGAGUCAGGAGGAACAGGUGCAGCUCUGCAAGCUAUCUAUCGACCGUUAUGAAGAGCCCUUGAACAAGUACAUCUACCUGAUGGGACUCUUGGACCGCAACGAGCACCUGUUCUACCGUUUCAUCGGCGAGAACGUGGCGGAGAUGAUGCCUAUCGUGUACACGCCGACCGUAGGGCUGGCCUGCCAGAAGUACGGGCUCAUCUACCGCCGCCCGCGCGGCCUCUUCAUCACUAUCCACGACAAGGGACAUGUCUACGACAUCCUUAAGAAUUGGCCCGAGACGGACGUCCGCGCGAUCGUGGUGACGGACGGCGAGCGCAUUCUGGGCCUGGGCGACCUGGGCGCGUGCGGCAUGGGCAUCCCCGUCGGCAAGCUGUCGCUCUACACCGCGCUGGCCGGCAUCAAGCCGCACCAGUGCCUGCCCAUCACGCUGGACGUGGGCACCAACACGCAGUCGCUCCUGGACGACCCGCUGUACAUCGGGCUGCGGCACAAGCGCGUGCGCGGCGCCGCCUACGACGAGUUCAUCGAAGAGUUCAUGUGCGCGGUGGUGCGCCGCUUCGGGCAGAACUGCCUCAUACAGUUCGAGGACUUCGCUAAUGCCAACGCGUUCAGGCUGCUCGAGAAGUACCGCGGCAAGUACUGCACGUUCAACGACGAUAUUCAAGGCACCGCGGCGGUGGCGGUGGCCGGGCUGCUGGCCAGCUUGAGGCUCACGGGCACGAAGCUGUCGUCGAACACCAUCGUCUUCCAGGGCGCUGGCGAGGCUGCUCUCGGAAUCGCGGAGCUGUGCGUGAUGGCGAUGAAGGCGGAAGGCACGAGCGACGCGGACGCGCGCGCGCGCAUCUGGAUGGUGGACUCCAAGGGCCUCAUCGUCAAGGACCGGCCCGAGGGCGGCCUCAACCAUCACAAGGAGAAGUUCGCACAAAAUCGUCCCACCAUUAAGACACUUGCCGAAGUCGUUGAAACUGCCAAGCCUACUGUGCUUAUCGGUGCGGCUGCGAUUGGCGGAGCGUUCACGCCGGCCAUCCUCCAGCGCAUGGGCGAGCUAAACGACAAGCCGGUCAUCUUCGCGCUGUCCAACCCCACCAGCAAGGCAGAGUGCACCGCCGAAGCCGCUUACUCCAACACUGGCGACCGCGCGAUUUUCGCGUCCGGCUCGCCGUUCCCCGAGUACCGCGCCAAGGACGGGCGCGUGCUGCGGCCCGGGCAGGGCAACAACUCCUACAUCUUCCCCGGCCUGGCGCUCGGCAUCAUCUGCGCCGGCCUCAUCGACAUCAGCGAGGACUUCAUGCUGCUCGCAGCCGAGACCCUGGCGGAGAUCGUGUCGGACGACGACUUGGCGCACGGCGGGCUGUACCCGCCGCUCGAGACCAUUCAGGACUGCUCGGUCAAGAUCGCCAAGAAGAUCGUUGAGCGCGCCUACAAGACUGGCAAAGCGACCGUGCAGCCGCAGCCACUGGACACGGAGGCGUUCAUCCGCGCGCAGAUGUACGACGUGCGGUACGGCAACGCCGUGCCGCCCGUGUACUCGUGGCCCAGCGAGCCCCGCGUCGACGUCGUCUAAC